AUGGAUAAAUAUCAAAAAAUUGAAAAGCUUGGAGAAGGAACUUAUGGUAUUGUCUAUAAGGCACAGAACCGUGAAACCAAUCUAGUUGUUGCCUUGAAGCGUAUUCGUCUGGAUAAUGAAGAGGAGGGCGUACCAUGCACAGCGAUUCGAGAAAUUUCGCUAUUGAAGGAAUUGAAGCAUCCAAAUAUUGUUAGAUUAUACGACGUUGUGCAUACAGAAAAGAAAUUGACGCUUGUGUUUGAGUAUAUGGAUUCAGAUUUGAAAAAGUUUUUGGAUUCUUAUGGUGGUGAUAUUGAUAUCUUGACCGUCAAGCAAUUCAUGUAUCAAUUAUUAAAGGGCAUUGCAUUUUGCCAUUCUCAUCGAGUUCUGCACAGAGACUUGAAACCACAGAACCUAUUAAUUAACAAGGUCAACACUACAAAAGGUGAAUUGAAGUUGGGUGAUUUUGGACUUGCAAGAGCAUACGGUAUUCCAGUCAGAAGUUAUUCUCAUGAAGUUGUCACCCUCUGGUAUCGUGCACCUGAUGUAUUGAUGGGUUCGCGUCAGUAUUCAACAUCGAUUGAUUUAUGGUCUGCGGGAUGUAUCUUUGCAGAAAUGGCAUCGGGUAGACCUUUGUUCCCUGGCAAUUCUAUUUCUGAUCAAUUACAGAGAAUCUUCAAGGUGUUGGGUACGCCAACAGAAGAAACAUGGCCCAAAGUAUCCCAGCUUCCGGAAUAUAAGCGUGAUUUCGAGAUCUUUCCUAAAAUACAACUGGAAACACUUUUACCCAAAGUAGAUCAUCUCGGCAUUGAUCUUUUAAAACGUCUCCUCGAAUAUCCACCCGAAAAGCGUAUUACAGCCAGCGAUGCACUGCAGCAUCCUUACUUUGAUGAGCUGCGGAAAAAGGAGUCAUCGUCUACGACCACCAAUUCUACAUCUGACAACGUGUCAAAAGAAAACAGUAGAUGA